UGGCGGGGAGGCCGUGCCGGAAGGGGCCGCGCCGGGCCGGGCCGGGCUGGGCGGCGGCUCCGCGAUCUCCGCCGCGAUGCUGCCGCUGCUCCGCCGCGCUUGGGCGGCCGCCGUCACCUCUUCUUCCUCCUCGUCCUCCUCCUCACGGCGGUGCAGCCUCGGCGCCUGCUGCUCCUACCGCCUGCGAGACGCCCUGCAUCCGCUGUGGCAGAGCCCGCUGACAAUUCCCGGAGGCACCCGCCAGUCUCCCAUCAACAUCCAGUGGAGGGACAGUGUUUAUGAUCCCUUCCUGAAGCCUCUGAAAAUCAGCUACGACCCCACCACCUGUCUUCACAUCUGGAACAAUGGCUACUCCUUCCUGGUGGAGUUUGAUGAUUCUACUGAUAGAUCAAUCAUCGUUGGAGGCCCCUUGGAAAACCAGUACAGGCUAAAGCAGUUCCACUUCCACUGGGGAGCUGUCAAUGACUGGGGCUCAGAGCACACAGUUGACUGUAAAUUUUACCCAGCAGAGCUGCAUUUGGUGCACUGGAAUGCUGUGGAGUACCCGAGUUUUGAGGAAGCUGUGAUGGAAGGGAAUGGCCUGGCUGUUAUUGGAGUGUUCUUAAAGCUGGGAGCACGGCACGAGGGGCUGCAGACCCUGGUGGAUGCCCUGCCAGCAGUCAGACACAAGGACACUGUGAUUGAGUUUGAUGUCUUUGAUCCCUCGUGCCUGAUCCCCUCCUGCCCUGAUUACUGGACCUACGCUGGCUCCUUGACCACUCCCCCCCUCACCGAAUCAGUCACAUGGAUCAUUAAGAAGAAGCCAAUCGAGGUGGAUGAGGAGCAGCUGGAGGCCUUCCGGACGCUGCUGUUCACGUCGGACGGGGAGGAGGAGAGGAGGAUGGUGGACAACUUCCGCCCGCUGCAGCCGCUCAUGGACCGCACCGUGCGCUCGUCCUUCCGCCCCCAGCUCAGCCCCUAGCUGGCCAGCAUUUCCAGCAUUUCCCCUUCUCUCCAUGCCCUCCCACUGCCAGUGCUCCUCGGGAAGCCGUGGGUUUUUUUAGUGUUUUUUUUUAAAGACAUGAGUGAUAUUAACCCUUAACGAAUUGUUCUGAGGCAGGGGGUCAAGAAGGAGUUAUUAAGACAGUUAAAAAUAAGGGCAGGAGAGCUCGUCCCCUGCUCCUUCUUUGAAUUGUUCUGUGUUUCUUCAGAUGCUCUUUCAGUGCCUUGCAUGAAUUAAUAAUCCUGGGUAAAAAUUGUUGAGAAGGAGGAAGUGGGAAGAAAAGAAAAAUAUCAGUACUUUGAUAUCGGUACAGGACUGAUCAGAUCCUUUUGGGGAAUUGUUUGAUGUCUGGGAAGAGAGCUGGAAGGGAACCAGUUUGUCUCAGAGACAUUUUACCUUCUUCCUUUCUCCUUGGAUGGGAGGAGAAGGACAAAGAUGACUUCCAGGAUCUCUUUCCAUUCUGUUUGCUGUACAUUCCAUGUUUGAUGUGGGUGCCACAGAACGCCCACUGUAAGGACACCAGGAGCCAGAAGACUUUUUCUAAAACCUUUUAACAACUCUAGAAGCUUUAGCAGCUUUUGUUUUCUGUGUUAAUAAUCUAUCAGGAGAAGGGAGGAGAUGAGAAAUCACCAGUACCUCAAGACUGGCAAGAUCAGCAAAUUAGGUGAAAAUGUUCAAUUGAUCCCAGGAAACUGAUCACAUCAAAGGAAAGCAAGAUUAGAUAAGGCCCAGAUGACCCUUCCAGUGGGAUUAGGAGGGCAAAAACCCAAACCAAUUCCUCAAACCAGUGCUAGGAGAGUGUGGACAAAACACAGCACUGAGAAAGGGCUUUUAUUUCAGUAACUCUGAGAGCACCAGUGCUCUCUUCAAAGUUUUGCCUUGAGAUGUAUUUUCCUGUAAAAACACUUACCCAGCUUCAGGAGCAGUGGGGACCAGUUAGUUUUUAUUGCACCUUGUGGUAGCAAGGUCCAGUGGGGGUUGGAAUUGAUUCGUGGACCAAGCAGAGCUGCCAGCUCUGAGCCUUUCCCAGGAGCUGUGAUCCAGCAGCCCCAGGGAUCACUGACCUCUCACAUCCUACCAAACCUAAUUUUCUGUCAGGCACCUUUCUCUCUGGCCCUUUGUGCUCUGCUGUAUUUAGCAGAUUAAAUUCCUGCUCCAGAUUUCUGAUGAGGAGCAGCUCUGUCUGUGAACUCCCUGUGUCAUCUCCAUGGGUCCAGUGUCUUUCCUCCCUCUGAUUCCUGGUGGGAUUGAGUGAAACCAGGACCUGGCUUGGCAAUGCUGAAUCCAGACCUUUCCAAUUGGUACUUUGGUUUUUUUGAAGUCCAAGUAUUCAGUUUCAAAGCACCUUAACACUUUUCAGUGUGACCCUGAUGAUUUUAAGGGUUUGAGAUGAUCUCGUUGAAGCAGUUGAGUGCCCAGAUCCUGCCUUUCCUUUCUCAGUAGCUCUACCUCAGGCUGUGUUCUGGUGCCACAGUUGUGCCUUUGUCCCCUGCAUUGUGGUCACUUCAAUUGAGUGGCUCUGGGUGCUGAAAGGGAGGAAAUCUCCCUCCAUCCCAGUGCAGGACAUUUUUCCUGUUGGGAAUUCAGUGGAGCUCUGUGAUUUCAGCACUUCCCCCAAGCCCUCCCUGCCUGGGGGAACAUUUCCAUUCUGGUUGUGCCCUCUCCCUUUGGAUGGGGCUGGGAUUAUCCUGGGGUUGUGGAAGGUGUCCCUGCCAUGGCAGGGGUGGUGCUGGAUGAGUUUUCACGUCCCUUCCCUCCCAAACCAUUCCAUGAUUUUCUCAUUCCAUGAUCUCAUUUGAACUCUGCAGGCUUUGCCAUCAUCACACAGAUUUUUAGCUACAAAACCAUAUCAGUGAUGAUUUUGCUGGAGAAUGAAACAUUCCAAAACAAAGCUGGAAGGAAUAUUUACAGUUCUGGGAACAGGAAAAAUAAUUAUUUUACUUUUUGCCUGAAUAUAUAUUAUAAUUAUGAUCCUGUCAUGAAGUUUGAGAUAUUUAUUCAGUGCUGUUCUUGCAGACACUUUCUGAGGAGGACCCUGGAGUAAGGUGGCAGCAGCUCAGAUAUUUUCUACUCAUUAAUAGAAAAAAUUGUAAUACAAAGACAUUUUAAUGUUGCUUUUUAUUUAAAACCAGAGCUGCCCCAGCAGCACUGAAGUGUAGGUGCAUCAAUCUCCUUAUCAUUUAUGAAUGGAUCUUUUUAAAAGCUUUUGUAAAUGCUCAGUUUUUAAAUUGCUUAUGUAAUUUAAACUGAGUUUUUGGAUUUCUCUGAUCCACUGAGAAGAAUCACUAGUUGAUCCAGCUUUCCCAACAAACCCAAAAACCAGAUUAUUUUAGGGAGCUGCCAGGGUUUAACUGUUUAACUCCAGCUGCUCUGGAACUCUGUAGCAGCCUCACAGCCACUGAGUUCUCCAUGGUUUGCUCCUCUCAAUCGUGUUUUCCUCCUGGAUGUGUAAAUCCCUUUUGAACCACCCUUCAUCCAUCAGAGGGAAUGUGGGAUAUUCCCUUCCCAGUGAUCCAGUUCAAGUUCUCACAGAGAUUUAUUUGAAGUUCUCACAGAGAUUUACUUUGUUCAAGUAUUGCCAUGGAAGCUUUGGUAGAGAACAGUGAAUUACCCAGUGAUGCAGUUAAACUGUGUCCAUAUUUCCAUCAAAUCACACCUAUUUUUACUGACAGAAAAUGAAGAAAGUCCAAUUUCAGCACUGAUCACUUCAAAUACCUGGAAACAGGGUUACAAAAAAAAGUUUUACAGGGGUUUUACAUUUUGCUGUUUCUUCUUUGAGCCCUGCAUUUAUGUGUAGUGUUUUAGCAUCUCCUAAAGGCAGGCAGGAGCUCAGCUGCAGGGCAGACUGUUGGAAUUCAUCUGGAAAUGAACACACUGAGGUUGGUUUGUUUGUUUUCAGUUCUAACUUUCCUGUUACAAUGACUUUAUUUACCUUAUGAAUGUAAACUUUAGAAAAAUAAUUGUGUUUAAAUCAAGAGAUGGGAUAGAAUUCCUGUGCCUUAUUCUCUCAGAUCUGUGUGGAAAAAAUGAUUUGAUUGUUGGGUUAGAGCUGAUUUUGCACAAUCAAGUUAAAAAGGAAUCUUUGGGCUCUUUUGGGUGGCACAAUACAAAAGGGCCAAAGCACAUAUUUCUAUUUUCCUUGCAUAAGAGUCACUUUAUUAGUAAAUACUGCCCUGGGAGGCAUUCCUGGGGCAGCAAGUCCCAGGAAUUAAAGACUGUCACAGGAGUGAUUCUGGGACAACUCCCUGCAAAGGGAGGAGGAGGUUUGGAGGUCUGGGCUGGUCUGAUGCCAGCUGCCUUUCAGGAUUCCUCUGAAAUGCUGCUCUCACCUUGUCCUGGGUGACUUCACAGUGGGGACAACUUCCUGUGGUGUUGGAAUGCUUGAUCCCCGUUCCUGCAUUCCAGAACUUUCACUCUUCACGUGUUCCUGGGCACUUUUGUGCUGCCUUUUCUGUCAGGGAUGACAGGAGGGUCUCCUCUGGCUUUGGAAGCUGCAGAAUUGGAGUUUGCUUUGACCUCCACAGGGUUUUAGAGGACUGGAAUUCUGCUUUGGAUGAAGGGUCCCCUCAUGCCUUAAUUUGGGAUGUUUUAACUUGUAUUUCCUGGCACAUCUUGGCUUUUUUUUGGUCUUUGUGCAUCUCAUUUUUGUGGCCUUUAUGAUGUUGUGUGUUUAAUGUGUGUUACCUGCCUGACCAUAACUGAAAUCACUGUCUGCAGACAACACCUGGAACAGGGAAUGCUUUAUGUUUUCCUGGGAUGCAGGCCCUUCCCCAGAGUUUUCCCCUGAUGUAUAGAACCCUUCAGCUGCUGCAUUUUACACUGUUACAUUAGUGUGCAACUACAAUAAAGGAACAGAGAAACCCA